ACCUAAUCUGUCCACCAUAGUGUAGGUUGACCUCCGCGCCGAUUUCUAAAGAAAUCGCUUCACAAACAAGGCAAAAAACAGCGAAAUUUUGCGUUGUUGUUACCAAAAGAUCACAAUUAUACACAAGAUCAAAUUUAAUAUUCUAUGUCUCCUCCCCCCCGGAAGCUGAUAAAUUACGUGUCGGCAAUGGCCGGAAAUACGACGGAAAGCCGAAGUCGCCAACAAUGGUAAAACCGGAAAUGCUCGGUUACUGUCGGAAUCUUUUGCUUUUUAGCCAGAUUUUUUCCGAUAUUUUUAGUAAAAUUUCAUAUUUUUUUUUAUAGGACCAUUAAAAUCAUUUCAGAAUUGGGAGAUUUAAUUGGUUUUCUCACUCUGAUAACAACCAUUUUGACCACAUUAGUAAAACUCCUCGCGCUUUGGCCUCUCGGGUUACAAAAUCAAAUAUCCUCGGAUUUUCAGACAAUAAAAUUAGCUAACAUGAAGUAUGUGGGUGAGACAAAAAUAAAAUGGAGGCAAAAUGGUCGAAAAAUAAGACAACUUUUUAAUCUUUAAUCAGUCGAUUUUACGACAGAAAUUGCUGGUUUUUGCUCUCAUUUUUUUUGGAAAAACGUUUCUAUAAAUGUAAAACAUGGCCUCGUUGCCAGCUCAAGUUUCUGGCGCGCCGAAACGAAAGGAAAUUUAUAAAUACGAAGCGCCAUGGACACUUUAUAGUUUGUCUUGGAGUGUACGACAAGAUAAAAGGUUUAGAUUGGCCCUUGGAAGCUUUGUUGAAGAGUACAAUAAUAAGGUGAAGCCAGGGAUUGUGUUGGGAUUGUGAACACUGUUCAUAUAUUUAGCUAGUGACAGCUGUUUCGUAAUAAGCUGCCAUGGUUUGUGUCUGAGCUGUCUGAAAAAGAUAUCUCAAACGUGGUGGUUCAGUGUAGGUAGUAUUCUACAAUAAGCUGCCGUGGUUUGUGUCUGAACUACCUGAAAAAGAUAUCUCAAACAUGGUGGUUCAGUGUAGGUAGUAUUCUACAAUAAGCUGCCGUGGUUUGUGUCUGAACUACCUGAAAAAGAUAUCUCAAACGUAGUGGCCCAGUGUAGGUAGUAUUCUACAAUAAGCUGCCGUGGUUUGUGUCUGCGCUGCCUGAAAAAGAUAUCUCAAACGUGGUGGUCCAGUGUAGGUAGUAUUCUACAAUAAGCUGUCGUGGUUUGUGUCUGAACUACCUGAAAAAGAUAUCUCAAACGUGGUGGUCCAGUGUAGGUAGUAUUCUACAAUAAGCUGUCGUAAUUUGUGUCUGAACUACCUGAAAAAAAUAUCUCAAAUGUGGUGGUCCAGUGUGGAUAGUAUUCUACAAUAAGCUGUUGUGGUUUGUGUCUGAACUACCUGAAAAAGAUAUCUCAAAUGUGGUGGUUCAGUGUAGGUAGUAUUCUACAAUAAGCUGUCGUGGUUUGUGUCUGAACUACCUGAAAAAGAUACCUAAGGCCUGUUUCAAACAUUGUGCUUCUCAUGUGCAGAACGCAUUACAAACAAUAGAUAAUAAGUUGAGAAGCCUCAUUAUCUAUUGUUGUUAUAAAUGCGUUCGGCACGUGAGAAGUACGAUGUUUGAAAAGGGCUUCAAUCUAGAAAUGUGGAAUAUUCAACUUUUUUUAUUUUUGGAUUCAGGUUCAGGUUGUUGAACUUGAUGAGGAGACAGGAGAAUUUUCUGUGAAAGGACAGUUUGAUCAUCCUUAUCCAACAACAAGAAUUCUCUGGAUUCCAGAUAGUGUAUGUACUGCAUCUUAUUUUGUUGAGGUUAUACAUGGUCAUUUGUCAACCUUCCCUGUUGAAUCACCAUCAUGAUCACUACCAACAUUGUUUUAUCACCAUCACCACCAUCAUUAUCACUAUCACUAUCAUCACCAUCAUUAUCACUAUCAUCAUCACCAUUAUCAUCACCACCAUCAUUAUCACUAUCAUCAUCACCAUUAUCACUAUCAUCAUCACCAUCAUCAUCAUCAACAUCAUUAUCAUCACCGUCAUCAUCAACAUCAUUAUCAUCAUCAUCAUUAUCAACAUCAUCAUCAUCAUUAUCAUCAUCAUUAUUAUCAUUAUCAUCAUCAUUAUCAUCAUCAUCACCAUCAUCAUUAUCAUCAUCACCAUUAUUAUCACCAUUAUCAUCACCAUUAUCAUCGCCAUUAUCAUCACCUCAUCAUCAUUAUCAUCAUCAUCAUCAUUAUCACCACCAUCAUCAUUAUCAUCAUCAUCAUCAUCAUCAUCAUCAUCAUCACCAUAAUCACCAUCAUUAUCAUCACCAUCAUUAUCAUCACCAUCAUCAUCACUAUCAUUAUCAUCACCAUCAUUAUCAUCACUAUCAUUAUCAUCACCAUCAUCAUCACCAUCAUCACCAUCAUCACCAUCACCACCAUCUCCAUAAUCUCCAUAAUCUCCAUAACUGACAGUCUAAUUAUAUUUUCACAGAAAGCCAUCUAUCCAGAUCUAGUGGCUACAUCAGGUGACUAUCUACGAGUAUGGCGUGUUAGCGACAGUGAUGUCAGACUGGAAUGCCUAUUAAACAAUGUAAGUCGCCAUGAAAAUAUCAGACAUGAUAAUAUCAGACAUGAUUUGUACCCAGAACCAUUCCUAGUACUGUAUAGAUGACGUUCUGGCUAGUUCAUCUGGAUAGUUUGUCUUGGGUUUGCACUGAAUGGGAUGGUUCAUUCUGUUCUCAUUUUGUGAUCAUAGCAUUAUAUCUUCCUUAGAACAAGAAUUCAGAUUUUUGUGCACCGCUGACAUCUUUUGAUUGGAACGAGAUUGACCCCAAUCUGAUCGGAACAUCGAGCAUUGACACAACGUGCACAAUUUGGGGUUUGGAGGUGAGUACUGAAGAAUCCUUGCUGUCGGCCCUUGAGCUCAAGACUCAAACUGGAAGCACUCUUCUCACAUGUGACUGAAAUGAAAUGCUAUCUCUUGAAUAUCUUGAAAGUUUUCAGCUGCUGUUUACCUUGAAAUUGUUUUGUUAUAUCCUUUUUGUUCAAAGACGCUGAAAAAUGAGAAUAUGAAAAUUGAUUUCAAAUGCCUUAAGCGCCUGGUUCCUCUAUGAUAUAGUUGUAACCAUGUAAGGCUCGAAAUUUAUGACUGUGUUUUUUUUUCUGUUUAGACUGGCCAAGUUCUGGGCAGGGUGAAUAUGGUGUCCGGACAUGUUAAAACGCAGCUAAUUGCACACGAUAAGGAGGUAUUGAAGUAGACAAUUUUCAUUAUAGGCUAAUUUUAAAACUAGGUAAGGAGAUGCAAAUAAAUCACCACAGCUAGAAAGAGCAUAUUAAAACUAGUAAAAUUGCAAAGUUUGGUUGCGAAAUUGUUGUGAAAUGCGGAAAAUAUAGCCUUGCAAAAAGUUUACAAAUUUUGUAUACUUUUGUAUUCCGUGCGGAAAUUGUUACCAUUUUCGGCCCAAAUGUGGUAGCAAUUUCCGCACGCAAUACAAAAGUGUACAAAAUUUGCGAACUUUGCAAGGCUAUAUUCCUCGCAUCUUACAACAUUUUGCAACCAAACUUUGCAAUUUUACUAAUUUUAGUAUGCUCUAUUACUUUUUUGACAAGAUAAAAAAUAGUCUAUGAUGGGAGUUGUCUAUUUGUCAUGAUAUUCUGUGACAUCUGUGUGGAGUCCAGUGUGGGGAGUAUUCUACAAUAUUAAGCUAGUGUCUGACCAGCUGAAGUACUAGGAAAUGUAGACUUUUUUUAAUUUACUGUGAACUUAACACACCUAAAACACUUUUACAUUUCUAAACAGGCGAAGAGACGUUCUGUAACACAUGUUCUAAGCCCUCAGUGAUAUUUUUAUUCAGGUGUACGACAUUGCCUUCAGUCGAGCGGGUGGCGGAAAAGAUAUGUUUGCCUCAGUCGGAGCAGAUGGCUCAGUACGCAUGUUUGAUCUCAGGUAUUUACAUAUUUCCCUAAACGAUUUUAUGGACUUUGGCUUUUACGUCCAAAGUAUUUUGAUACAGUAGUAAGUACUUUAGAAAUGUUGAAACUUAUUGAGUGUUAUCUUUGGCAGACAUUUGGAACAUUCGACGAUCAUUUAUGAAGAUCCUCAAAGAGAUCCGUUGUUGAGACUGGGCUGGAAUAAGCAAGAUCCGAACUACUUGGCCACAUUUGCUAUGGACGCAAUAGAGGUCAGUGAACUGAUACUAUGAUACAGUAACUCUAUCAGUUCUAAACUGUUCUCCCUAGAGGUCCAGUAAGAAUCAUCUCUUAUUGAUCCAGUGUUAGUACAGUAGGAAACCUAAACUGAACUAACUUUAUUCAUACUGGAUAGCUCUAUCAAUUCUAAACUGUUCUUCCUAGAGGUCCAGUAAGAAUCAUCUCUUAUUGAUCCAGUGUUACUACAGGAGGAAACCUAAACUAAACUAACUUUAUUCAUACUGGAUAGCUCUAUCAAUUCUAAACUGUUCUUCCUAGAGGUCCAGUAAGAAUCAUCUCUUAUUGAUCCAGUGUUACUACAGAAGGAAACCUAAACUAAACUAACUUUAUUUAUACUGGAUAGAUCUAUCAGUUUUAAACUGUUCUUCCUAGAGGUCCAGUAAGGAUCAUCUCUUAUUGAUCCAGUGUUACUACAGAAGGAAACCUAAAAUAAACUAAGUAAACUUUAUUUAUACUGGAUAGCUCUAUCAGUUCUAAAUUGUUCUUCCUAGAGGUCCAGUAAGGAUCAUCUCUUAUUGACCCAGUGUUACUACAGGAGAAGACCUAAAUUAUAUAUACUGGAUAGUUCUAUCAGUUCUAAACCGUUGUUCCUGUGUUUUCUAACAGGUGAUCAUAUUAGAUGUUCGAGUUCCGUGCACACCUGUGGCCAGGCUAAGUAACCAUCGUGGUUGUGUAAAUGGCAUAGCUUGGGCACCACAUUCGUCAUGUCAUAUUUGUACUGCAGGUAAGGUAAUCCCACAGCCUGGGUAAUAAACGUCUAGGUUUUGUGUUGAGCAUGUAGCACGUUGGCACAAGUAAUCAGUAUAAAUAAAGUAUGUUUUCCACAGGUGAUGACCACCAAGCCUUGAUCUGGGACAUUCAACAUAUGCCUCGUGCUGUAGAGGAUCCAAUCCUGGCUUACAAAGCAGACGGUGAGAUCAACCAGAUACAAUGGGCAAGUACACAGCCAGACUGGAUAGGGAUCGGUUAUAAUAACUCGCUAGAAAUCCUGAGAGUCUAAGCACUCUGCAUAUUCACUCAGGUGUGAUUUGUGUAGACUUUUGUGAAAGCGCUCGGCAUUGGCACAUGUACAGUACGGCCGUCAAGAAAAUUUUGUUGUACAUUGAACUCGCUAGAUAGGAAUUGGUUGACACUAUUAAAGUUUCUGUGAUCACAGUAGGAAUUUUGCAUAGGUAAGUUUUGAAGGAUUUGUAAGAAAUGUUUGAGGGAACAUUUGGCCCAAACAUUACUUCAAAACUUAGAAUUUAUCUAUGCAAAAUUCUUACUGUGAUCACAGAAACUUUGAUAGUGUAAACCAACCUUAUGGGUCGAUAGGAAAUGGUAUUGAUAUACAGAAAUGAACUUACAAGGGCUUAGCUUCGCGCUUUUAAAAAACAACGACAGUCCUAAGGUUUUGAACUUGACUUUUAGAGACACUAGAUGCGAAAUGUAACGCUAAGCUAUCUGUGUAAAGUAUGUUAUUGCAAAUGUUAUUAUACUAUAACAUUUAAACGAUGAAACAAAGUCUUCACUGGAUUUUUUUCGCUUCGCGAUUUUUUGUUGUUGUAUUUCGAAAGAGAGAAUCUACACAUUGAUCAAAUACAUGGAGUACUUUAAAAUCUAAAGCCUAAAGGUGAGUUUUGGUUUGGUUAUUAAUUUUAGUUUAAUAUGUAGAUGUAUCUAUGAUUUUAAUCAAUUUAUGUUUAUAUCAAAGUGUUAACAAUAUAUAUAUAGUGCCAGUUUCGGUUAGGACGAUAACAGGAUUUCUUGUAAUAAUAUUUAGGCCUCGUUCACACUCGGCAAUUUUGUCGGCGAUUUUCUGUUUCUGACGGAUGGAAAUGAGUGAACUCGCACACAAAAGUAUAGAGUCGCUUUUCAGAAGUCAACAAUUCUAAGUCUUUUGCGUGUCAUUCAUUCAAUCACAUUAGCCAGGAGGAGAAAAAUCGCCGACACUGCAGAGGUGGAAAAAGUAUUGGAACCUAGGAACC